AUGCUCCGCAUGCAAAAUGGAAAACAGUGGAGGGGGACUUACGACCUGCAUUUCGAUCACCACAAACUGUUAAGAGAUCUAUUCUCUUCCAAGGAGAUGAACUGCGGGAUCUGCCGUGUUUUGUUCGAAGAGCUGGAGAACAAGCACGGCUCAAGACUCGACGACAUUGAAGUGGAUGACACACGUAUCAUUAACAUACGAGCGUUCCUGUUCAUCCCCAAUCCUAGAGAGGACCCUUUAUACUGCCUCACUUUCAAGUUUUGCUAUGGCCAAAUCCAAUGUCAGCGAGCCUUCGUUUUGAGAGAGACCGGCUCCAUCGACCCACCGCCUUUCCGAACUCCAACUUCCAGCACGACCGAUUCCGAUGAGGUGCUCCAGCGCACCAUCCAGUGGAUGGCUAAAUGUCGAUGUGUUGAAAGAGACAGACCUCCUUCCUAUCCAACACGACUGGUAAAUCUCCGGCAGUUGAAACAACCACGUUUUCUUUACGGCACGUCUCUGGAGGCGAGCGUCAGAGACACAGGAAUCGAAGUGCAGCUGGAAGAAAAGUGCGACUGGGAGGAUGAGAGGCCAACUGAGUAUGUUCGCUAUGUUACUCUCUCCCACUGUUGGGGUAAUCUUCCACCCGAAGAGCGAGUGAAGCUGAGCUCUGAGAAUGUUGAAGAAUUCAAGAGAGGCAUCAGGCUGGACAGCCUGCCCACGUCGUUUCGCCAUGCCAUGUUGUUUGCAGCACGGCUUCCGGAAGUCGGUUACAUCUGGAUCGAUAGUCUUUGCAUCAAUCAAGGUGAUGUAACGGACUGGCUAGAACAGUCGGCAAGCAUGGGCGAAAUAUACAAGAAUGCUUACUUGAACCUCUCCGCUACUGCUGCAAUCAACAGCGAGCAGGGUCUUUUCGCUGAGCGCGCACCCGAAACACUGAUCGAGGACGAAGUCAUUCUCAAUAUCGCUGGUCUUCCUGGAGCCACGAGCGUUCCUUCCAGCCCAUGGCGACCAUCUCAAAACGCCAAAAAGUCUGUUUUACAGAUACUCGGCGCAUUCUGGCCCAUACGAUGGCUUAUGAGAUACCUCCCGAGACGCAUGUACAUGCAGGCCAUGACAUUACCUAUUGAGAAGAACCAAUCAACAAGCGCAAGACUGGGUUCGAAAGGCUUGCUGACGAUACAAUCUUCCCGUCAGCCGCCACAUAAUUGGCUAGAUGCCGGAAUCAGCGAGGAUACCAAAGGGAAAGAUUUACGAAGAUGCACAAUCUUAGAUCUCUCUUUUUGGGAGUAUCGAGUCGACAAGGCGCCAGUGAACAAGAGGGGAUGGGUGCUUCAGGAACGUCUCAUGGCUCCUAGGGUAUUGCAUUUCUGCCGAGAUCAGGUGGCUUGGGAGUGUCGUGAGUUCGAGGCUGCUGAAGGCCAGCCGGUAGGCAUGCCGAACUAUCAGCUCACGAUGGGUGGCAUAAGAGCAGGAAGCAGGCUGAAAGGUCUCAACCCGCAAAAAGAUGGGCGCUGGCUACGGAACAUGCGCUUGCAGGGAUACAAAGAUCCUGAUCCUGAACUCCCGAGCAUAUAUGCGUUUGAGCUUUGGCGCCGUAUUGUUGAGGAAUACUCCAAGACAGCCGUCACGAAUACAGGGGACAAACUCAUCGCGUUAUCUGGUAUGGCCCGGUUCAUGUCCCAACAAAUCGAGAGGGCCCCCGAACCCGCUGACGUGAGGAAUGUUGGUACCGCCGGGAGUGAAACCAGUCAACGCGAGCUUCCAAGUUGUACUCAGUAUGUGGCCGGCCUGUGGGUACUGUAUCUAGCGAGCCAGCUUCUAUGGUAUGUUGAGCCAACAUUUCGGCGCGUUGACGGUGGCAAACUGGAACAUCUUACGACGGCACCAUCAGAUUACCGUGCACCAUCCUUCUCUUGGGCCGCCAUAGAUGCUCAAGAUGGAAACGGCAUCACGUACGGCGAGGUCACUGACAAAGAAAUCCUCAUAACCGUUGUAAAGGCAUCAGUAACCCCGCGGUUGCCAUCCGACGAAUACGGGAUGCUGGAGGGUGCCUACAUCAUACUUCAUGCGAAGCUGCGCAAAGCGAAUCUCUUCAGGAAGGGUAAGGAUCGUUUUGGGUGGUGUCUGGUCGGUCGUGAAAAACUCGACGAAGAUGAGCACACCGAUGUGUAUCUGGAUUGCCCUGCCAGAGACUGUACCGGACUGAACAACAAGGGGAUUCUCGGCCGUGACGCGGGAGUGUUUGUGGUUCCCGCUGCCCACACCGACCGCAAGGCUUCGCCAAAGUCCAAAUAUCUGACUUGCCUCAUCCUACGGCUCGAUAAAACGCGCCCAGCAGGGCCGGUAUUCCACAGGAUCGGCUUGACGAAAUUGAGUCCAUACGGGGACCAUAGGGCUCUGGACGACAACGAGAUACUGAAGCCGUACGAUAGCGACGUGAAUAUGGUGAAGGAUGUAGAGUAUAACCCAAAGACGGGUAUGCACCGUAUCUGUCUCGUCUGA